CUAAGCUUAUAGUAAAAAAUGCAAAACCCAAACCAGCCCAGCCUAACUCUCUCUGUCUCGGUGCGGUUCGGUUAGCAUCGGAAUACGCCAUCCAGCUCCGACGGCUUGUGGAGGGCUGCGUGCGGACUCAGCCGGCGCUAAACCAAACAUGGAGCAGCAGCAUCAGCACAGUAAGAGAAAACGAAAACCUGUUUUUGUUUUCGGCAAUUACAAAAACUACUAUGGCUACCGUAUUGGUCAAGACUUGCAGGAAGAUCCUCGGUUGAACGUCUUCAAGAAGGAAUUGUUUGAAGACAAGGAAUGUCUUGAUAUUGGGUGCAAUAGUGGCAUAAUUACCAUUCUCAUUGCAAAAAAGUUUCGCUGCCGAAGCAUUCUUGGAAUUGACAUUGAUUCUGAUCGAAUAGAGGAUGCAAACUGGCAUCUCAAAAAAUUUGAACGUGCUGGAAAGACACAUGCAAAGGCUUCAAAAUUGGAGGUUUCAAGGAGUGCAAAUGGUUCAGAGCAGAGUGUUGCUGCAUCACCAAAUGAAGAGAUGAUGGAAAUUUCUAGGGACUGUUCUUCUACAGAAACAAAUCUGUUUCACAUGGUCUCAUUCCAACAAGAAAAUUUUGUUCAGAGUAGGUGUCCACCGGAGAAGAAAUAUGAUACUAUCCUUUGCUUGAGUGUAACAAAAUGGGUUCAUCUGAAUUGGGGUGAUGAUGGAUUGAUUACAUUAUUUUCAAAGAUUUGGAGACUGCUUCGUCCGGGUGGUGUUCUUGUGUUGGAACCUCAACCUUGGAAGUCAUAUGAAAACAAUCGUCUUGUGUCUGAGACAACAGCAAUGAAUUAUAGGAGUAUUCUAUUCCGUCCAGCAAAGUUUCAGGAAAUACUUCUAGAUAAGAUUGGAUUUAGAAAGGUAGAAGAUAUAACUUCCCACUUAUCAGGCAGCAAAGCUGGAUUCAACAGACCUAUUUUGGUGUUCCACAAAUGACUCAUCUAGUAAACAGCAUCUUCAACACGAUUCCCCUAGUAUAUCCUAACAAAAAAAUCAAUCAUACAAUUCCGCAGGGAUGUUCAGAAAACUUGGAUGAAAUAUGCUCAUAUCGACUCAGACAAUGUGGAUCUCCAUCGUGUACUCUUGGUAUGCGAUGGGAUGGGAUUACCAUAUCUCUUGCCUCAAGACUUCAUAAAGCAAUUAUUAGAGGGGAAGCUAAUUUUAUCAAAUAUGAGGUCCAUUUUGUUCAUGUUUUUACUCUACUCGUUUUUUCUUCAUGGGAGCAGUGUGAGCAAUAGAAUUCCUUCUCCUCUGAUUUUGUAUUUGCACAUACAGAGCCAUAAAUAUUAUAGAUAUGUUAAGUUGUUUGUCAA